GGACAGCUGAUCCUGGCAGCCCUGUAUGGCGUUCCCUGUCCAGGUCAUCUGCAGGGCAUUUCGCACUGUUGGAUUAGUUCUCUUGUAUUAUGUCUUCUCUAUAGGCAUCACCUUCUAUAACAAAUGGCUAAUGAAGGAUUUCCACUAUCCCCUCUUCAUGACCUUAGUUCAUCUCGCGCUCAACUUUUGCCUGUCGGCCCUGACGCGAUGGGCCAUGCAGUGCUGGACAGGGAAACCCCGCAUCAUCCUGGGCUGGACAGAUUACAUCUAUAAAGUGGCUCCCACAGCCGUAGCAACAGCACUGGAUAUCGGGCUUUCCAACUGGAGCUUCCUCUUCAUCACCAUAAGCUUGUACACCAUGACCAAAUCUUCAGCAGUGCUCUUCAUCCUCUUCUUCUCUCUGGUUUUUAAACUAGAGGAGCCUAACCCAUACCUGAUCCUGGUGGUCCUGCUGAUCUCCUCCGGUCUUUUCAUGUUUACAUUCGAGUCGACGCAGUUCAACCUCGAGGGCUUCACCAUGGUGCUCAUGGCGGCCUUCAUAGGGGGGAUCCGCUGGACCCUCACUCAGGUCCUCAUGCAGAAAGCAGAGCUGGGUCUUCAGAACCCAGUAGAUACCAUGUACCACCUCCAGCCUGUCAUGUUCCUCUGCCUCUUUCCCCUCUUCCUGUAUAAUGAAGCAUUGAGCCUCAGUACCUCAGAGAAGUUAUUCCGGGCGUCAGGGCCCUCACCUCUCCUCCAUUCGCUCUUCUUUCUGAGCAUCGGCGGCGUGCUGGCCUUCGGUUUGGGCUUCUCAGAGUUCCUGCUAGUCGCCCGAACCUCCAGCCUCACUUUAUCCAUAUCAGGGAUCUUUAAGGAGGUGUGCACUCUGCUUCUGGCAGCAGCUCUGAUGGGAGAUAAAAUGAGCAUGUUAAAUUGGCUGGGAUUCAUCGUGUGCCUGUGUGGCAUUUCAUUACACGUGGGACUCAAGACAUAUUAUUCCAAAAAUAAGGGCCCUUCUUUAAGGCAGCUCAGUAGCAAGAGCCCGGAGCUCGAGCUGCCGUUACUGCGGCAGAACGGGGACGAAAGAGAAGAAUCGCCCGCCGAUGACGAAGACGAGGAGCAAGAAAUCACUCUGCACUGCUCCACUUGUAUCAUGUCUCCUCACCUCCUAGCUUCAUCAUCAUCCCCAUCAUCAUCAUCUAUGCUAAUGCUGUGUUUCCUGCUCAGUGUGCUGCUGCUGUCCUCAGGGGUUGAUGGCCAAGCCCCACACCAGCGUCCUGUUCCUGUUUCUACACCAGAGGAGAGGACAGGGCCAGCUUUGAUGGAUGAAGGGGGGCAGCUGGAGAGAGGGACGGACGGAGGGCAAGAGGAUAGGAACAUGAAAGACGCUGCUUGUCGCCUUAAGCUGACAGUCCUGUCUGAGGACAGACUGCAGAUGAAAUGGAAGGAGGCUGAUGGACCCGUUCAGGGCUACAAGGUCCGAGUGAGACCCAUCUCAGAGGUGCCACAGCCAGAGCUCAUGCUGACCACCACAAGGGGACGGGCGACAGUGGCAGGACUGGACUCCAGUCAGGAAUACACCCUCCAAGUCCUCGUUCUCAAUGGGACCACAGAGAAACUUCUGGCAAAGCGGCGAUUCACCAUGGAAAGUCUGCGGGAGGAGGAGAUGAUCCGCAGCGGCAGCCGAGAGAAGAAGAAGAUGUUGCCGGGCGGCUCUGGGUCGGGAGACCUGGACGAUGUGACGGAGGCUCUGCUGGGCCUGCCCACAAUCCUCUACCCGGACCCCAUGACAACCACCACUACCGCUAUCCCAGACGACGCCCUGGAGAAAACCCCCAAAGAGAAGAGGAAGAGGAAGAAAGACAGAGAGCGGGAUCGUUCGAAGGGGGAGAACAAGGAGGAGCAGGGGACGACGCAGGGCAAGCCUGCCGAGGAGAAACCCCGGAAGACACCCUUCCCUACCCAGCCGGUUACAGGUAUGUCUCCAAGGAGACCGUUCACAUGCGAAAGCGAUGGAGCGGCGGACAUCAUGUUGCUGGUGGACGGCUCCUGGAGCAUCGGACGCACCAACUUCAGACGGGUCAGAGACUUCUUGGAGGGUCUGAUAACACCCUUCCACAUCGGGCCGGAUCACAUUCAGAUCGGUCUGACCCAGUACAGUGGAGACCCCCGGACAGAGUGGCACCUCAACAACUUCACCACUAAAGAUCAGCUGCUGGAGGCAGUCAGGAAUUUCAGAUAUAAAGGCGGAAACACUUUUACAGGCCAGGCGCUGCUCCACAUCAUGGAGGAGAACAUGAGGACAGAGUCGGGUGCGAGGUUAGACACGCCGUUUUUCCUGGUGCUCUUGACGGAUGGGAAAUCGCAGGAUGAUGCCAUUGCGGCAGCAAACCGGCUGAAGAAUGCUGGCGUGGAGAUCAUCGCUGUAGGUGUGAAGAAUGCUGAUGAAGCAGAGUUGAGACAAGUGGCGUCUGAACCGGUGGAUCUGAAUGUCUACAACGUGAACGACUUCCCUCUGCUCAGCAAACUAGUGGCACGACUGGUUCACAUCCUGUGUGGGAGGAUAGAGGAUCGAGGCCUCACAAAACGGAUGGAUCCUGGACCAACAGCUGACCCGGCCCUCUCCUACCCCAGUCCUUCUGACCUCCGCUUCUCUGACCUGGCCUCCAGAGAGGUGAAGCUACACUGGACUAAUCCUGCUAAGCCGGUCCAGCAGUACAGAGUGGUGUACCACAGCGCAGAGGGUCAGAGUCCGCAGGAGGUGGUGGUUACUGGCUCUGAGUCCACUGUCCUACUGGAAGGCCUGUCCUCUCAGACGCUGUACCACGUGUCCAUCUUCCCCGUGUACGAACACAACGUCGGCCUGGCACUCAGAGGAACCGUCACUACAUUGCCGCUAGCCAUGCCCGCCAACCUGGAGGUGACUCCUUCCUCUUACAGCACACUGCGAGUGAGUUGGGGUGCAGCACCGGGCGCGACACAGUACAUGAUCCUGUACUCGGCGCUCAACCACGGAGAGCCUGACGAUGCCAAAGAGGAGAAAUUCAGUGCAGACCAUACAGUGGUGGAGCUGGCAGGGUUACUGCCAGAAACAGACUACUCUGUCACUCUUUAUGCCCUCUAUGAGGAGGAUCCCAGCGAACCUGUCACUGCUGUUGCCACCACACUCCCCCUCCCAGCUCCGAUGAGGCUUAAAUUCCCGAUGGUCACCCACAGUGUGCUGAGGGUAAGCUGGGUGCCCGGGGCUGUGGAUGUCCCCGGCCAUCGAAUCACCUACAGCACUAACCACGGCAGUGACGUCAAGCAGGUGGAGGUUACAGGAAUGAACUCCGUGCUGGUGCAGAACCUGUCCUCUCUAUCCAGAUACCUGGUGUCUGUCCAGUCUCACUACCCACAAGGCCUGUCUACAGCGCUCACCAGUAACAUCACCACACUGAAGGUGCCCUCCCCUUCAGACCUCAGGGUGACAAAUUUCUCAGGCAGUGACAUCACCGUGCGCUGGGAGGCCGCAGCUGAUGACGUUGUCUCCUACCUCAUCAAGUGGAUCUCCCUCAGUGGAGGAGACCUGAGACAGUUGAGGGUGAGCGGUGAGAGUGAGGGGGCCAUCUUGGAGGGUGUGGAGGAUGAUAAGGAAUACCAGGUCUCUCUGUCUGGGCUGUAUGGAGACGGAGCUCAGAGUGAAGCUGUGGCCAUACGCUACAGCACCUUGUCUGGCGGAGGCCCGUCCAGCGUGUCAGUCUCAGAGGAGACCGCAGUCAGCCUCGUCAUCAGCUGGGUUCCCCCCAACGCUCACGUCCUGCAGUACCGCGUGUCUUACACUGCACUGACUGGAGCAGAAAACCAGGACAGCACUGUAUUGGUUCCAGGUGGUGAUAAGCAGGUGGUGUUAGAAUCAUUACAGCCAGACACACGGUACAGCAUCCUGGUUACUGCAGAGUAUCGCAACAGAGAAGGAGGCAGCGGUUCAGCUCAGGGAAAAACCACCAGCCUGAGGGUAAGCAGUGUGAGCGUGGUCAGGUCAGACCACUCCAGUAUAUGUCUGUCUUGGAGACCAGUGUCAGCUGUCGAUGGAUAUCGUAUUGUCAUCCAAUCCGUUAAAGGCAAGGACACAAAGGAAGAGACAGUCGAUGAGUCCAGCAGCAGUCACUGUUUCACUGAUCUGGAAUCAGAGACCUUGUAUCGCAUCAGCGUGCACUCGCUUCUCGGCUCAGCAGAGGGCGCUGCCGUCUCCAUCCUGCAUCCAACAGCCACAGCUCCAGUCAGAAUUCCAAUCCAUCCCCGGAUGUACCCUAUCCACAACGAAGUCUGUCCUGAAGUAAACAUCAGAAACAGCAUUGUUACAGGGUUUGACAUGAUGGAAGCGUUUGGUCUGACUCAGAGAGCUCACUCGUCUGUGGAGGGCGUGGCGGCCGAGCCUUUUGUCUUCAACACGCUCCCCACCUACACUGUGUACAGAGACGUCCAACUGACGCAGAGCACCAAGUUCAUCCACCCUGCAGGUUUCUCUCCAGAGCACACCAUCAGCAUCGCCUUCCGCCUGUUGCAGGAAACACCCAGGGAACCGUUCGCCCUCUGGCAGCUCACUGACAAUGACUUCCAGCCCAUGAUGGGAGUGGUGCUCGAUCCUACUACCAAGCAUCUGGUGUACUUCAGUCUGGACUACCGAGGAGAGGUUCAGAAACUGACCUUUGACCAGUCGCAGGUCCAGAGGCUGUUCUACGGCAGUUUUCACAAGAUUCACCUGUCUGUCAGCCAGGUGGGCGUGUCCCUGUCUGUGGACUGCCAGCGUGUAGGCGAGAGGCCCGCUCGCCCUCUAGGUAACGUACCGACCGACGGAUUUGAGAUGCUGGGGAAGCUGGUGAAGACCAGAGGACCUAACAGUGGAUCUGCUCCGUUCCAGCUGCAGUCCUUUGAGAUUGUCUGUAACAACACAUGGGCUUUAGAGGACACCUGCUGUGACCUGCCUGGACUGAGAGAUGAGGAGAGCUGUCCUGCCCCAGCGUACACCUGCACCUGCACCUCCGACAUCCCCGGAGCUCCUGGUUUCCCCGGGCCAACUGGAAAGCCGGGUCCUCGUGGUGAGAAAGGCGAGAAAGGAGAGCAAGGGCAUAAGGGGGAGAUGGGUCCUCCAGGAAAGUCUGGAUUUGAGGGAGGUCUUGGACCCGCGGGCAACGCAGGGCCGCGAGGGAUGGUUGUGCAAGGCAAAGUGGGUCCACCUGGUGCAAGGGGGGAAAAGGGACUUCCUGGGCGACCCGGAGUCCAGGGUUUACCAGGACCUCCAGGCCCAAAAGGGGGAGAGGGGGUCCCAGGCCCUAAGGGCAUUAGGGGGGUCGAAGGUAGCAUUGGAGGACCGGGCAUCACUGGACCCAGAGGUUUCCAAGGAAUGCCAGGACACCCAGGGACCACAGGGGAGAGGGGCCCCUCAGGAUCUGUGGGACCUAUCGGUCUGGCAGGGACUAAAGGGGAACGAGGAGAGAAGGGGGAACCUCAGUCCAUGGCCGUGAUCUACCAGCUGGUCACACAGGCCUGUGAACAACUCGUGCAUAUGGAGGUGUUGAAGCUGGACAAGUUCAUUAAUGAGGUAAAUCGUAAGCCGGCUCCUAUUGAGGAACCAGUGGGGCCCCCGGGGGAACCUGGUAUACCAGGGCCCAAGGGUCCACCAGGCCCCAGGGGCACCCAAGGCGAUGUCGGCUCAAGAGGGAGACCUGGCAGGACUGGAUAUCCAGGAGAACAGGGACAGAGAGGGGUGCUAGGGGAGAAAGGUGCCUUGGGCACCAAUGUCCAUGGCCCCACAGGGGUCAAAGGAUUUGCAGGUCUUCCAGGUGAGGCCAAGCUGGGAAGCCCAGGUCCCAAAGGAGAAGAUGGUAAAACAGGACCGCAAGGGAUCCCCGGACCUCCUGGCCAGACGGGUGAGAUCGGACCCCCGGGUGCGUGUGACAGCAGUGGAGGCUGUCAGAACAUUGCCCAGCAACCAGAAGACCCAUAUUACGGCUACCAGCCUUGAGUGGAUAUUGACGAACCAGGCAGCAGCGGUGAGGUGACGGCUGACAUCCGUUUGAAAUGACUCCUUUGAAGCUGAAUGACAGACUGGGAAUGGAGCUGGAAGAAAAAAAACAUGACUGAAGAGGCUUGGUGUGCUGAAACUGCCACUGACUGAUGCAGGUCUUAACACAAGCUUCAUCUUCUGUGUGGACAGGAAACAGUACAAGAAGGAUCUCCGUCUGUCUUCUUGUUACAGUGUUCUUUCACAUUAAACGGCUGAGAGAUGUAGGAAAGUAGGAAUCUUUCUAAUAUAGAAUAGCAUUGUGAUAAACAGGUAGUAUCAUUAAGGAAAAUAUUUUCCCAGUGGGAUUAGAUUAUUAUAAACCAUAUUCGCACUGAAACCUUUUGUUACUAUGUUUAUGUAUUCAUGCACUGUAUCAAUGCCAAGUAGUUUAGCCAUGUGUGUUAUUUGUACCUGUUUCAUUUGCCAUUGCUAACC